AUGGCAUCCAAUCACACCAGGCCCUCUCUGCAUUUCACGGCUGGCUUCUGGAUCAAUGAUCCUUGUGCGCCCGGCUAUGAUCCGGUCACGGGCUUAUACCAUGUCUUCUAUCAAUGCAAUCCACAUAGCACUGAAUGGGGCUCUAUGUCAUGGGGUCAUCUUACCAGCAAAAACCUCAUUUCCUGGACACCCUCCAAAUCUCCCGCUUUAGUUCCCGACCAGCCUUACGAUCGUGAUGGAGUCUUUACCGGUUGCAUGGUACAACCUACAAAUUCCCAAGAUUCUCUUAAAGUUAUUUACUCGUCUGUCCGUCGGUUGCCUUUUCACUGGAGCACACCGCCAUAUCCUCGCAACGCUGCUGGCCUAGCAAUCGCCGAAUCUAACGAUAAUGGAGAGACUUGGACGAAACUCUCUGAGAACCCUUUCUUGAUGGGCGAACCCAAGGGGCUUCAAGUAACUGGUUUCCGUGAUCCCUUCCUAUCAGAAUGGCCUGCUUUGGACCAACUCCGUGGUCAGAAGUCCCUCUACGGUCUUGUCUCGGGCGGAAUCGACGGCUAUGGACCGACGGCCUUCCUAUAUUCAGUGCCGCAUGAGAACGUAUCGGAAUGGCACUAUUUGUGUCCAUUGGUCGAUAUGUCUGCGCGGUUUCAACCCUCACAGAAGUGGACUGGGAAUUUCGGCGUCAACUGGGAAUGCGCAAAUUUUCUGACGCUUAGAUCCGAGAGCACUAGCCGCGUGUGCCUCAUUCUUGGUGCGGAGGGAGACGUGGAACGGGAACACAUCCGGAAUUUCAAACACCACCCACACGUUCCUCCAAGGACUAUUCGUUCUCUACUGUGGAUGUUUGGUGACCUGCGAGCUGGGAGAGACACCACUCGUGUUGACUUCACCCAUGGGGGAUAUUUGGACUGCGGGUCGUUGUAUGCGGCAAAUUCGUUUUUCGAUGCGUUAUCCCAGAGACAUAUAAUGCAUGCAUGGAUUCCUGAAGAGGACAUUACAGCCGAAUACGCCAAACACAAAGGGUGGAAUGGUGCGUUGGCUAUUGCUCGCGAACUCUUUCUCCUUUCCAUACCAAGUGUUACUCGAGCCCUUCACAGUCCUCUGUCCGAGAUGGCAUCUGUCGAGAAAGUUCCAGACAAAGACGGUUCAGUAACUAUACGCACCCUCGGUAUUCGGCCAGUUGAAGAGAUUACUCAGCUCCGCAGGCACUGCGAUAAUGUUUGUAAACGCUAUCGUAUUCCACUCCCAUCUUCGACAGCUCGAGAAACACAGGCACUUUGCUCCGCGUUAUUCACUACCUGGGAGCUCGAGGCAACCAUUGAAAUUGACCCAAGCUGCUGCAUUGAGGUAGGCUUCUCAAUCUGCCACAAUGGCGACCCGUCCAUAUGCAUCACCAUCGCCUUUUUGCUACAGGAAGAGACGAUCAGGGUCAACAAGGGAAGAUCAGCGUUCGAUCCAAACAUACGCAAUUGCCCUGAGCAAGGUCCCUUUACACUCUUCUAUAGAACCAAUGAUCAAGCAGCCAAACCCAGAGACAAAUUGGAGGACUUACAUAUUCGCAUUAUCGCCGAUGCAGACGUUUUGGAGAUCUUUGCAAAUGAUCGAUUUGCUCUUACAACGAUGGUCUAUUCUCCGAGUUGUAUUAGUCCUGCCAUCGUAUCAGCAUUUGCAGAGGGGGGCUCAGGGAGCGCUUUUAUCAAGGAUGUGACUGUUUGGAAUGGUUUCUCGAGUACUCGGAAAUAA